ACGGGGAGAGAAACUUUUUGUUAUUUCUAUAGGCUUGCAUUAAUAUAAAAAUGACACGUGAACGUCUGAUUUUCUACGAUUAAUGUCAGUAGAAUAUAUUUCAAUUAAUUUGUCAUCGGUACUAAGCACAGAAAGAUGUUACCGGUGAUCUUUACACUGAGCUAAACUAGAUGUCGAGAAACGACUUUCGUCCUAAGACGUUGAAAUUUGCGAGAAAUAAUCCAACUUUGAGAAGUCUGAUGGCUGACUCUCAGAAGUUGAAGCUCAAUCACUCCAUAAUAUCGAUUUCUAAUGGUGGGAGCGGAGGAAAUUCAGACGGCCGCAAAGAGCUUGUUGUCCUGGGAAUCACUCUAGAUUCACUUCCGAAGUCAGCCCAGUUCUUUGUUUGUUGUGGUGGAGUUUUCGUAUUUUAUCUGAUAUAUGGAUAUGUUCAGGAAUGGAUCUUUAGAACAGGAAUGAAACCAUUUGGUUGGUAUCUCACUCUUGUCCAGUUUGCUUGGUAUUCAAUAUUUGGAAUAUUUGAAACCAGCUUUAAAAAAGACAAAACAAGAAAAAUUCCUCUGAAGACAUAUUCACUUUUAGCAUUCUUGACUGUGGCCACAAUGGGACUCUCUAAUACAUCUCUUAGCUAUUUAAAUUAUCCUACACAG